UGCAGGCGGGGAAGAUGCUGCGCGAGCGGACCGUGCGGCUGCAGUACGGGAGCCGCGUCGAGGCGGUGUACGUGCUGGGCACGCAACUCUGGACCGAUGUCUUCAGCGCAGCCCCAGCUGGGGCCCAAACCUUCAGCCUGAAGCACUCGGAGGGAGUGCAAGUAGAGGUGGUACGCGAUGGGGAGACAGAGGAGGUGGCCACCAAUGGCAAACAGCGUUGGUCCCUCUCGCCCAGCACUACACUGAGGCUCACCAUGGGCAAAGCCAGCACUGAGGCCAGCAGUGACAAGGUCACCGUCAACUACUAUGACAAGGAGGGGAGCGCCCCCAUCGACCAGGCUGGGCUCUUCCUCACAGCCAUCGAGAUCUCCCUGGAUGUGGACGCAGACCGGGACGGCGUGGUGGAGAAGAACAACCCAAAAAAGGCGUCUUGGACCUGGGGCCCAGAGGGCCAGGGGGCCAUCCUACUGGUGAAUUGUGACCGAGACACACCCUGGUUGCCCAAGGAGGACUGCAGCGAUGAGAAGGUGUACAGCAAGCAAGACCUGAAGGACAUGUCCCAGAUGAUCCUGCGGACCAAAGGCCCUGACCGCCUGCCCGCCGGGUACGAGAUGGUUCUCUACAUUCCCGUGUCAGACUCGGACAAAGUGGGCGUGUUCUACGUGGAGAACCCAUUCUUCGGCCAGCGCUAUAUUCACAUCUUGGGCCGGCAGAAGCUCUACCAUGUGGUCAAGUACACAGGCGGCUCCGCGGAGCUGCUGUUCUUCGUGGAAGGUCUCUGUUUCCCUGACGAGGGCUUCUCGGGCCUGGUCUCCAUCCAUGUCAGCCUGCUGGAGUACAUGGCGGAGGAGAUUCCCCUGACCCCCAUCUUCACAGACACCGUGAAGUUCCGGAUUGCACCAUGGAUCAUGACCCCCAACAUCCUGCCUCCUGUGUCGGUGUUUGUGUGCUGCAUGAAGGACAAUUACCUGUUCCUGAAGGAGGUGAAGAACCUGGUGGAGAAAACCAACUGUGAGCUGAAGAUCUGCUUCCAGUACUUAAACCGUGGUGACCGGUGGAUCCAGGAUGAAAUUGAGUUUGGCUACAUCGAGGCCCCCCACAAGGGCUUCCCGGUGGUGCUGGACUCUCCUCGAGAUGGAAAUCUGAAGGACUUCCCCAUUAAGCAACUCCUGGGCCCAGAUUUUGGCUACGUGACCCGGGAGCCCCUCUUUGAGACUGUCACCAGCCUGGAUUCCUUCGGGAACCUGGAGGUCAGUCCCCCGGUGACCGUGAAUGGCAAGUGGUACCCCCUCGGCCGGAUCCUUAUCGGGAGCAGCUUUCCUCUGUCUGGUGGUCGGAGGAUGACCAAGGUGGUACGCGACUUCCUGCAGGCCCAGCAAGUACAGGCGCCUGUGGAACUCUACUCGGAUUGGCUGACUGUGGGCCAUGUGGACGAGUUCAUGACUUUCAUCCCCAUCCCAGGCACAAAGGAAUUCCGGCUGCUCAUGGCUAGCACCUCGGCCUGCUACAAGCUCUUCCGAGAGAAGCAAAAGGAGGGCCAUGGGGAGGCCAUCAUGUUCAAAGGCUUGGGGGGAAUGAGCAGCAAGCGGAUCACCAUCAACAAGAUCCUGUCCAACGAGAGCCUGGUGCAGGAAAACCAGUACUUCCAGCGCUGCCUGGACUGGAACCGUGACAUUCUGAAGAAGGAGCUGGGACUGACGGAACAGGACAUCAUUGACCUGCCAGCCCUGUUCAAGAUGGAUGAGAACCGCCAGGCCCGAGCCUUCUUCCCAAACAUGGUAAACAUGAUCGUGCUUGACAAGGACCUGGGCAUCCCCAAACCCUUUGGGCCCCAAGUGGAGGAGGUGUGCUGCCUGGAGACGCAUGUGCGCAGCCUGCUGGAGCCCCUGGGCGUCUCGUGCACCUUUGUUGAUGACAUCUCUGCCUACCACAAGUUUCUGGGGGAGGUGCACUGUGGCACCAACGUCCACAGGAAGCCCUUCACCUUCAAGUGGUGGCACAUGGUGCCCUGACCUGCAAGGGCCCUGGUGCUCCCUCCUUCCCUGAGGUCUCGCACCCCCAGGCCCUUCCCCUACCUGACCCUGACUGGAUGGCCCCCGCUAGGAGAUCUUCAGGAA